CUGACUUUGAAUUCCUGUGAUAAMACWUCRGAAAACUAACAUGUCUGGCCGUGGAAAAGGUAAAGCAAAGGGCACCAAGUCCAAGACUCGAUCAUCCCGUGCAGGGCUUCAGUUCCCAGUCGGUCGUAUCCAUCGUCAUCUCCGCAAAGGCAACUAUGCUCAGCGAGUUGGUGCCGGUGCUCCAGUUUACAUGGCUGCUGUACUUGAGUACCUGAGUGCUGAAAUCCUUGAGUUGGCCGGCAACGCUGCUCGUGACAACAAAAAGACMAGAAUAAUYCCUCGUCACUUGCAAUUGGCUGUCAGAAAUGACGAAGAGUUGAACAAGCUUCUUGGUGGUGUGACCAUUGCUCAAGGUGGUGUUCUACCUAACAUCCAAGCCGUCCUUCUGCCCAAGAAGACAGAGAAGAAAUCAUCAUCUUAAGCAGUUAACUGCUUAACAUGAAACAACGGCUCUUUUAGGAGCCACCACAUGAAUCGAAAGAUCAUGAGCAAAAUGCUUUUCUCAUACAUAAUCCAUAUCAAUGAAUUGUGUACUUGCUAACGCACGUAGGAUAAUAAAAAUCA